GUUUUAUGCAGGUCCCUGUGGACGACGACCUGCCAGAGGUGGCCUGCGACUUUGUCAAAGCGCGCGGCGCGCGCUUUAACGAAGGAGUGGUUUUCAAGGAGUAUGUGGAACUGGUGAGAUACCCGGGCCGUGGUGAUUUCACCACCAACGAAUGGCGGCUCUGGUUCAUGCACCAGAACUUGGUGGAGAUUACGGCCAACUCCUUUCAGGAGGUGGAGCAAGUUGAGCCGCUGCCGGAAGAGGUCUUGCAACAGGUGAAAGAGAUGGCCAAGCAGAUCCAAAGUCCAUACUUCACCAUCGACCUGGCCGAAACGGACUCAGGAGCUUGGAUCAUCCUGGAAGCAGGGGAUGGCGGUGUUUCUGGCUUGGCCACGUCGCAGGAUCCGCAAGACCAUUGGAAAUAUCUGUACCAAUAUUUCCAAGACACUUGAAAA